UAAAUGUUUUACGUUUCAACGUUUCUUUCCUAAUUAGUAUAGUCGCGUUGUUUUGGUUUGUGUUGUGUUUUGAAUAACAUUUUAUGGAACCUUGACGCUGUGUCUUGUUGAACUAAAAAUGACGAAUAGUUGUUUAUUUUUAUUUUAUCUAUUCUAUUUUUUUAAUAUCUUUUGUUGACUGGUAUUGUUAAGGCGAACUGAAUUUUUACAUUUUGCGAUAUGGCCAAAAGGCUUACAGAAGAAAUGGUUAUUGCCAGAACCAAAUUCUCAGAUCUUUCAAAAGUCAAGAGAUUAAAUUGUUGGGGAAGUGAACUAGUUGAUAUCUCCUUAUUACGAAAAAUCCCAAAUGUUGAAGUUCUAUCUCUAAGCAUAAAUAAAAUUAAUAGCUUGAGCGACUUUCAAUUUUGUAAGAGACUGGAAGAACUGUACAUCAGACAGAACGAUAUAAGGGAUAUUAAUGAAGUUGUCUACCUCCAAAAUUUGCCAAACUUAAAAAACCUCUGGCUGGGAGAGAAUCCAUGCUCAAAUAUUGAAGGAUAUCGAUUGGCGGUGAUCAAAACUCUACCGCAACUACAAAAGCUCGACAAUGUCGCCAUUACUCAGGAAGAACUCAGAGAUGCUCAAAAACGUGGUAAGACUCUAACCCAUCCUGAAGAUGUUCAAGACGAAUCCGAAGAGGAAUAUGCACCACCUUCUUCACCUCAACAGUACACGCGCUACCAAGAAUAUUCAGAGCCUGAGUAUAGCCCCGUUCAAAGGAGUCCACCAAGGCCAGAGACAGAAUAUGAACCUGAAGAUAGUGAAGACCAAUACACUAGAGAAGACGCAUCAGAAGAAAGUAGGGGGUGCUCACCACCUCAGCAACAAAGUCCAUCAAGACGAAAUGAUCAAGUGAGACGAACUUACAGUCCCGAACAAAUGUAUGACAGGAGAAGGAACAGUUACGAUAGGGAAUCUCCAAGGCAACAAUCUCAGUAUUAUGAUAAGUCUUCAUCAACUAACCAUUCAUUUGAAGAAAACCAAUCAUGUGAUAGUUCAUGUACUUAUAGAGAAGCAAAAAUUGUUACAAGCCAAUCUGCAAGUUGUAUAAAGGAAUACGCCAAUGGCGACCGAUAUAUUCAAUCUCAGCAGAUCUACCGAAAUGAAGGCAGUGAAGUUUCUUCACAUCAAGGCCAGGAGAAACGAUAUACCUGCCCCGCAGCAGCGCACCGACCUCCAUUUGCUAGAAGACCAGUUACUAGGAACUCCAAUAUCCUUUCAGCAGUAUUAUGCUUAGUGAAGGAACUGGAUUAUCCCAGUUUGGAAGUUGUUGAAAUGGCAGUCAGGUGUCGAAUGGAUGAACUGGAUGAAUGACCAUCAAAAGUAACAGACCUGCACAAACGUACCAGCGAGCUUUAAAUCAAUUGGUCUGAAACAUUAAGUAAAUCAUAUUAUUUCAUGUAAUAUCACCGAUAGCAUACAUUAACCAAAUGUGGACCUUGAUAAACUUAUUUAGACGAGUUUUUGCAUAAAUCAAGAUGUUCUUGAACAUUUGUACACUUUAUAUAUUAAUAUUAAUGUUAUAUCUUUAUAAAAUUUUGUUUAUUUAAUUAUUAAUAUUUUAUUAUGUAGUAUCACCUCUGAUUAUUAUUCCGGCAAAAAUAUUGUUUCCAAUUUUUUAUUAAAAACACCUUUUUACUCUUUAUUAUUCUGUGUUUCCUAUUCUAAUAUUUACAGUUGAUACUUAUAGUGUGAUAAGCUUGAUAAGUUUGUUUUAACUGCUAAGGAUCAUUUUGAGGUGUUCAACUUAUUUAUAGGAACAAACAUUCCAACAAACUGUAUAUGCAUAUACAAUCUUUACUUAGCUUUAAUUAAAUGUUAAGUCGCAUAGAGAGGCUCUAUUUAUUCACU